GGAAGUGGGGGACUGCGCUUAAAAGCCCGACACAACCGCAUACUCCGAGCCCGAGGACUGUCCCACUCCCACAUCUUUUUGGCUGGCUGCCUUUAUAGACUAUCCCACUUUUAUUUACUCCCCAAGUUGCUUCAUUGCUUGACAAUGGCGGACGAGGUGGUUCUGCUGGAUUUCUGGCCCAGCAUGUUUGGGAUGAGGGUCAGGAUCGCGUUGGCUGAAAAGGGGAUCAAGUACCAGUACAAGGAGGAGGACCUGAGGCACAAGAGCGAGCUGCUUCUCAAGAUGAACCCGGUUCACAAGCAGAUCCCGCUUCUCAUCCACAACGGGAAACCGGUCUGUGAGUCCCUCAUCAUCGUUCAGUACAUUGACGAGGUCUGGAACCACAAGUCUCCGUUGCUUCCCUCUGAUCCUUACCAGAGAGCUCAUGCCAGGUUCUGGGCUGACUUCGUUGAUAGGAAGGUGUAUGGAGUUGGAAGGAAGUUAUGGGCCACAAAAGGAGAAGAGCAGGAGGCAGCAAAGAAGGAAUUCUUGGAAAUAUACAAGACAUUGGAGAGUGAGCUUGGUGAAAAGCCUUACUUCGGGGGUGAAACAUUUGGGUUUGUUGACCUUUCCUUCGUCACAUUCUACAGCUGGUUCUAUGUGUAUGAGAAUUUUGGAAAGUUCAGCAUGGAGGCAGAGUUCCCCCAGAUUGUUGCAUGGGUUAAGAGGUGCAUGCAGAAGGAGAGUAUCGCCAACACUCUUCCUGACCAGAAGAAGAUUUAUGAGUUUGUCUUGAAGUUGAAGAAGAUCUUUGGUUUGGAGUAGAGUAAAUGGUCUUGUGGGAUUGUUUCGUGUCUGUGUCCCGGGUGUUACGUCAGAAGAGCAUGUAUGUUUGGUGUGUUUGGUUUUCAUGUGUUAGGUUGUUGUGUCUUCUUGUUUGAUGAAAUUGUACCUUUCUACUAUAGGAAUAAGAAAGACACUUCGUUGUGUCAGCUAAAUGUUAGGUGAAAACGAAAUUGUGCCUUUCUACGAGAGGAAUGAUUUAUAUCUAUCUUCUUUUCUUUUGCAUUUUA